AUGGAUUUCGAAUCUCGUGGAGCAGCCCAGUCACCCGUGCAAAAAAUGAAAAUAUUUCUGCGGUAUUGUGCGAACCCUGGAUUUCAGAGCGGAAUAGCUGAAGAAUUGGGAUGUUCGCAACCCACAGUGUCUAGAAUAUUUUAUGACGUGCUAGAGCGAAUUGUACAACAAGCCGGCAAAUUUAUCAGAGUCGCAAAUACAGAAAAUCAAAUUAUGCAGGCCAAAGGGAAAUGGUUGACCAGGUUCCGUUUUCCCACAGCUAUUGGAGUUAUCGACUGCACUCAUAUUCGUCUUGAUGGAAAACCAGCCCAAUUUGGAGACGAAUACGUAAAUCGAAAAUGUUUUGCCAGUAUUAAUGUACAGGUUACAUGCGACCAGAAUUCUGUUAUAACUAGUAUAGAUGCAAGUUGGCCUGGAUCAGUCCAUGAUACUCGUAUAUGGAAAAAUUCGGCAGUGUGUGAAAUCAUGAAAAAGACAAGAAACACUAUUCUUCUAGGAGACAGUGGGUAUGGUAUAAUGUCAUGUCUUAUGACUCCUUAUAACGACCCCCACGAGGAAUAUCAGAGAGUCUUUAACAAGCUGCUUACAUCAGAGCGAGUUGUGAUUGAGCAUACAUUUGGGCAAGUAAAGCGGCGAUUUCCUAUCCUGAAGUAUGGAUGCAGAUUAAAACUGACCAGUAUUCCAAAAGUUAUAAUUGCGUGUGCUGUGUUGCACAAUAUAGCUAAGCAAUUAAGAGAUGAAGAUGUAUUUACUUAA